AUGAGGAAAACGACAGAACUUUCUGCGGGACUUGAUGUAGUAUUUCAUGAAUAAUAAUUAACAUUAUAAUCAUAAGUAAUGAAGGUUUCAUUAAAUAAUUGUGAACACUAUUGGCAAAUGGCAUCGUGAUACGGCCGAAAUUGAAAAUUGCCGACCAUUUGUCGAAUAUUCCGAUAAAGACGUAGUAUUCUAUCAUUUGAAAAAAAUAAGCCUCAACAAACAUUUUGGUAGUACAUUACAAUAAUAUACAUAUUACAACAAAUACUAGAACGAUUUCAAUCUACUAAGUUCAUUAAUGAGUGCAAUUUUUCAGUAAUCGCAAAUUUUUUCUUUUAAAGAAAUAAGUAUCUUCUUAUGUUCUUAUUAUGUUCUGUUUAAACAGUAUUUUAUCGAGUAUGUUUGAGACCACAUCGAAAAAGAAUCCAUCAUAUUUUAUAAUGUUAAUUAACAUAUUGCAAUUAAAAUACGUAAUAAUAUUUAUACUUUAUAUUUAUAUUUAUAUUUUAAUAUAAGUUACAAUGUAUAAGUAAUAUGGUAUAAUAGAAAGUAAGUCACAAUAAAAACAAGCGCAUCAUGGUUAUUUUGUCUAUCAAAAGUACCAAAAUUAGGUGACAUUUUUCAUCGUGUUACGGAAGCAAUCAUUAAUAUUUCUUGGUACUAUCACGUAACAGUUCUUUUUUAUACAUGGUACUCCUGUGUAAAAAUCUCAGGACUCCGAGCAGUCUAUCGCAGUGAAUAUCAUAGUUUUAUUACUUAUUUUACAGUCUUGGAUAUGCUCUUAUUACACUUUGAAGCCAAUGCGAUUCAAAUAACCAAAAUGAAUUGCCGUGAUGAGAAUCACUACUACAGACAGCGCAAGUGUUUUGGGGUAUAA